CAUUUCACGGCGCGGUGCAGUUUCAGGCUGCCGUCCCAAAAAUAAGUUCUUAGAAAAAAAAAAUCGAAAAAAAUCUCAAAAAACUCAAAAAAUUCAAAAAUCAAGAAUUCCUCUCUCGGAUCUCGAAUUUCAGUUAUCAUCCCUAUCAAUUUAUCUAAAAAAAUCAAAAAAAGAGGAAGAUUUAUUCGCUGAUUCGCUCUUCUUCUAUCUAUUCAUCCGAAGCCCUAGAAAAAAUCGAAAAAAACCGAAAAAAGAGGAAAUUUUGAGGAUCGAGAGAUGGCGCAAGUUCAAGCUCCGCAGCCGGUGCAGCAGAGUGUUGGGAUGAACGGUGCUCCGGCCUCCGCUGCCGGCAGGCCUGGAGGUGGUGAUGGCGGGAACCAGUUCCCGUCGACGUCACUGUACGUUGGGGAUCUGGAGCAGAACGUGACGGAUGCGCAGUUGUACGAUAUGUUCAGCCAAAUUGGGCAGGUUGUGUCGGUUAGGGUUUGUAGAGACAUUACGAGCCGACUGUCGCUUGGUUACGCUUAUGUUAAUUACAGCAAUCCGAUGGAUGCGGCAAGGGCAUUGGAUGUGCUGAACUUUACUCCUCUCAAUGGAAAGCCUAUCAGAAUAAUGUAUUCCAACCGCGACCCUAGCACACGAAAGAGUGGGGCAGCUAUUAUUUUUUGGCAGAAUUUGGACAAGUCAAUAGACCACAAAGCUCUGCUUGACACUUUUUCUAUAUUUGGCAACAUUCUUUCUUGCAAAGUUGCCACGGAGCCAUCUGGCCAGUCAAAAGGCUAUGGAUUUGUUCAGUUUGAACAAGAUGAGGCUGCACAAAAUGCUAUAGAUAAGCUAAACGGCAUGUGUCUGAAUGGGAAAGUUGUCUAUGUUGGUCCUUUUCUACGUAAGCAGGAAAGGGAAAAUGCUGUAAACAAGACAAAAUUUUGUAAUGUAUUUGUAAAGAAUCUGUCGGAGACUACAACCAAGGAAGAGCUUGACAAAAUUUUUGGCGAAUACGGAACCAUUACUAGUUCUGUUGUAAUGAUGGAAGGUGAUGGAAAAUCCAAAUGUUUUGGGUUUGUUAAUUUUGAAAACCCAGACGAUGCUGCUCGAGCAGUUGAUGAACUUAACGGGAAGAAAUUUGGUGAUAAGGAGUGGUUUGUUGGGAAAGCACAGAAGAAAUCUGAAAGAGAGAUGGAACUGAAAGGGAGAUUUGAUCAGAGUGUUAAGGAGGCAGCUGACAAGUAUCAAGGGGUUAAUUUAUACUUGAAGAACUUGGAUGAUAGUAUUGGGGAUGACCAACUUAGGGAACUGUUUGCUGAGUUUGGGACAAUCAAAUCCUGCAAGGUUAUGCGAGAUCCCAAUGGUAUCAGUAGAGGGUCUGGGUUUGUGGCCUUCUCAUCUCCUGAAGACGCGUCUCGUGCUUUAGCGGAGAUGAACGGGAAAAUGGUUGGUUGUAAACCUCUUUAUGUUGCAAUAGCACAACGUAAAGAAGACAGAAAAGCAAGGCUACAGGCUCAAUUUUCCCAAAUGCGUCCAAUAGCCAUGCCCCCUAACAUGGGUCCUCGCAUGCCAAUGUAUCCUCCUGGUGCUCCUGGACUUGCGCAACAACUAUUUUAUGGUCAAGCCCCUCCAGCACUCAUUCCUCAGCCUGGAUUUGGUUAUCAGCAGCAACUUGUUCCUGGAAUAAGGCCUGGUGGUGGCCCCAUGCCCAAUUUCUUUAUGCCCAUGAUUCCACAAGGUCAGCAACCCCAACGUCCUGGAGUAAGGCGUCCUGGUGGAGGUCCUGCUCAACAGGCACAACAUCCAGUACCAAUGCUCCAGCAGCAGGGGCUUCCUCGUGGUCGCUUCUACCGGUAUCCUACUGGGCGUAAUGUGCCUGAUCAGAUGCCUGGUGUUGCUGGAGGGAUGCUUUCUGUCCCCUAUGACAUGGGUGCUUUGCCUCGGGAUUCUGGCAUGCCACAACCUCUUCCUAUUGGGGCAUUGACUUCAGCACUGGCCAAUGCAAGCCCUGAGCAGCAAAGGACGAUGCUCGGUGAGAGUCUAUACCCACUCGUCGAUCAACUUGAGCAUGAAUCUGCAGCAAAAGUUACUGGUAUGCUUCUAGAGAUGGACCAAACUGAAGUACUUCAUCUGCUCGAGUCCCCCGAGGCUCUAAAAGCCAAGGUGGCUGAAGCUAUGGAUGUUCUCAGGACAGUUGCUCAGCAGCAGCAGGCGGGCAUUCCUUCUGAUCAGCUAGCUUCGCUCUCUCUCAAUGAUGGCAUCGUCUCUUAGAAAAGUUUGGAAAAGAUUCUAGCUUUGUCGUGUUUGGAUUGUUUCAGGGUUGCACCACUGUCUCUUGAUUUUAGUUGGUUCUUUGAGAAGACAUUUUUUUCUACUGUUUCUCAAGCGCGAGGAUUUCUGUAGGAUUUGGUACUGACGUUAUUUUUUUUUUUAUGUCAGGAUCUGUUUGCUUAAGUUUGUUCUGUUGUUUUGAGGAAUAAUUACUUGCUUUCAUCUUUUAAAUCCUCUGGAAAAGGAAACUAUAAGUGCAGGUUUACUCGACC